UGUGCAGAUCGCGGUUAGUUUGAAAUCCGACGUUCGAUGUUGCGCACGCGAUCGCUUCACUGGUUAUCCGCGCGCGGUUUGACGAAGAACAAUUGACGAGCGGUUGACGUGAUUAAAUUUGGAUCGAACAAGUGGUAUCGACUCGAUUUUGCAAUUUUGGAAUUUUUCCCUCAUCAUGUUCAGUUCGAGUAUUUUUGUCGCGACCCUCCUCUAUUGGCUGUCUACAUUGGAUUCCUGCCAACCAAUCAUGGUGGACUUUGGAGUCAGUAAAGGCCCGAUAAUACCAAAGGAGAUUCCAUCCGAGAGGCCGCAGCCAAAAAGCAUAGUACCGAGAAGUCCAGCGCCAGUAAGAGAAGUCCGUGAAGAUGUCCCCAACCCCUUCAACUACAAAGCUCCAAUCCCUCAUCAGUACCGCACAAAAAUUUACUCAUUCAAACCGUCCCCCAACUUAAUUCUCGGAACUCCGCUAGAUAGGAAAUACACACCCAGCGAAGAAAAAUACAAUGUAUACAAGAAACAGUAUAGAGCGCCAAUAGGUUUGGAUUACACGGGACCUCACACAUUCGAACCGUUGUAUUUCGUUCCAAAAAAGACAACACUACAGCCCUCUGUGAGAUACAACAAGCAGAACUUGCAAGAAAAUCAGAAUAACAAGUAUGUGCCUCAAAUCGGUGUGGUGUAUUCGUCCGGAGUCAGGUACUAUGUGCCCCAGAUUAUUUACGAGCAAAGAAAUGGGGAGGAAGAAAACUCAGUUUACGACAAAACCGAUGAAAAGUACUACUAUUACAAUGCCCAGCAGUAGCUGAAAUACCAAGAAUAAAUGUUUUGUGCCAAUACGUGAUUCUGUAACUUGAAUUUGCAUAUCAAAAUAUUAGAAAAUUACCCGAUCGAAACAAAUUACACAAUUACACAAAUAUUUAAAACUUUAGCGAUACUAGAUUCGCGAAAAUCAAAAUUGAUGAUUGUAUAUUAUAAAUUUGUUAAUACGGAAGCUUAAUGAUGUUCGACGUAUUUCGUAUCUUUUAAAUGUUGCCUAAGCGUAACACCUAGCAAAGUUGUCAAUUUUGGUUUUAGAAUACCUACGUCUAAAUUUAAGAUUCAGAAAGUUAGAGAUUGAGUGUGUGUAAUUCACGCUAACUUUUGAACAAUGACUCAAAACAACUAUCUAAAACAUUGAUAUGUUGUGUCAAUACUGUCAAUUUGCAAAUUUAAUAAAAUUCACGUCAUAAACCUCCUGCGAUUGUUAACCUGAGUAUUAAGUACAAUACUUUUUCAAAUUAUCUAUUUUAUUUUGCAUUUCCUAAUUGUUAGUAUCAGACUGUUGAUAUCCUAUUAAAAUUGAAAAUAAUAUAAGCAAUUUUUUUACAAAAAAUAUAAUUGGUGUAAACGUUUCUGUUUCUGUAAAUGUGUCGUAAUGUAAAUCAUUGCGGGUAUUCUUUACUAUGAUUGCUCUUAUUUUUUGUAGAAUCGCUGGUAGAUCUAUUUAAAAAGUUAUUAAUAAGUAUGUAUAAGUUUAUGUUCCUAAAUUUUGCCAACCCCAUUAUUGUAUUAUAAAGCAAUAGUUACUUGUGUAGAAAAAUCGCCUUUCUCCAAGAAAUCAAAUUAAUUGAGACAUUUUGUACAUAUUUUGUAAUUUAAUAAACAAUUUCAAGUAAAAA